AUGACAGACGAGCCAGAAGAAGACAAUUCGACUCAAAUCUCAAAAUGGCUUGUGGGUCAGAUUCUGGAAGAAGUUGUUCCAGACUCUCAUGGCCCUACAGAAGGCUGGGUCGGCGAACCAGAGGAAGAACCCGAGGAAGAUCAAGAACCAGAAGAAGUCGAGCAAGAAAUUGAGGGACCAGCAAAUGCAGAAAAUGACAAGAAUGAUGGAAAAUCUGAAAGGGAGUCACCUAUUAAUAUUUACUCCUUGUCAAACGCAGCCGACUUGAUGGUUGAUUCUGUUUUGAGCCAUGUCGCGCAGAAUCUCAAUAAUAACAGGGCGAUUUCUCCGUUUCCAAAUGUCACAGUCGAGGAUAGCGGCUCAUCUCGCCCAACCACCGGAAAACGAACACCAGUUCCUACAGUCCUCAAACAGGAAUCAACAAGCAGUGAGGAAAUUUCCUACCAAAGUCAAGAAAAUGGCGAAGAAAUCAAUGUCGGAGACUCUCUCGAUCUGCAAGAAACGGAUGUCACAGAAGUCGAUACAUCAGAUUCGGAAAUUCUCCCAAAUGUCUCCGGUGCGAUGGACAAAAAUAAAAGGCGAAUGAGCACUGUUAUCUCACUCGACAAAAUCGAGGAGAAUUUGGAAAAUGACGACGGAAUCGAAGAUAUUCUAAGCGAUGAAACAGACGAUGGAACAGACAGCGAUUCUAGCGUGGAAAUGAGAAAGCCUCUCAACCGACCGCGCUCAGCAUCUUUGGCGAAGCUUCGAGAUGAGUCCAUGGCAAAAAUCGACCCGAUAAGAGGAUCUCCUCCUGGUGACAAGCCGCCGGAACCGCUCUCUGAUCGGGAUUUGUCACAACAUCUUGGGCCAGGCAGAAAUCUGAAUGUCUGGAUUGGAACUUGGAAUUUAGGACUUUCUACAGAUGUCGAUCUGGUGCAACUUCAAAACUUUUUAAAUGUCCAGAGUUCCACUCGCAAAGAUGUUUACAUAUUCGGCUGUCAGGAAAUCAACUCCGAGUCUGUCUACACAUGGGAAGUGCAGCUUCAGAAGUGCGUCGGCAAAAAGUACAUACUCCUCCAUGCCGUCAGAUUCGGCACCAUUCAUCUGUCCAUAUUUGUUCGGCACGAGCUUCAGACCAAGUGUUCGACAAUUGAUUGGGGAGUGCUUUCAGUUCGCGCGAUGAGUCAAAUCAAGACGAAGGGAGUUGCUGCUUGUGCGCUGCAAAUCUUCGGCACCAAGUUCUUAUUUAUGAACAGCCAUUUUAAGGCAGGAGAAACGCAGAACAGCUUGGAAGGAAGGGUCAGAAACUAUCGGACGAUCCGAAGCAAGUUGAGAUUAAGGCGCUCUAGAACUCAAUUAAAAGGUCCAAAUAAUGCUUUAACAAUUGUGCAAGAAAAGUAUGAUGUAAAUUUUGACGACUACGACUGUAUAUUUUGGUUUGGCGAUCUCAACUUCAGGAGGAACCCAGAAUCGGGAGAAGAUGAGCUCCGUGCUUGUAUAAAACGCUCGCUUUGCUUCGAAGAUUUCCUCGAACAGCCGAUUCAAUUCGACCCGACUUACAAGUUCCAGCCAAAUACUCAGAUCUACGACCUCAGUAGGUCGCUUCGCUGCCCUAGCCAUACAGAUCGAAUCUUGUAUCUAAAUCGUGUGCCGAUCUCUCCCGUCUACUACAACAGCUAUCCAGAACUAAACCACUCGGACCAUCGACCAGUGGCUGCAAUUUUCCAAGUUCAAGUUUCGCCAGUUACGCCUAAAAACGCACCGUUGUCCGUGAACAACGGCGAAUUCGUGGUCAGCGUCUUCAAAGCCGCUUUUUAUACGCCGCAGAUGGAUAAUUUGAAAUCUUCAACUACCUCCGGCACUGCCUCCAAACUCGGUGGUCCUUCCAAAGUCUGUACCAUACUCUGA